AUGCAGUCGAACAAAGCAAUAAGUAAUUCGGUAUGGCUGGCCAUUAAGUCAACAGAUGCGGCCCCAGUACGAUUUUAUAGACUACCGAAGGUACACAAGGCUAACCUUGGGGCCAGUUAGAUAGUCAUUAAUCAGGUCGAUGACUAACAACCCAGUCAACGUCAGUGCAGUCGUAGGCACUCCAUGUCUGCGGACCUGCGUCGAUAUUAGCGGUAAAACUGGGCUUGUAACACCCCACUGAAUCUCAUCCUUUACACUUCGUUCUUCUGCCCACCUGCAUAUUUCAGUGUGCCACAGCCCUGCCUAACGUCACCGCCUCUGAACUAGCCCUGCUCCUCCUGGAUAUGAACAUGCUGCGGGCCGCCUACCAACAGCCCUCCGACGUCCACCGACCAUCUAAUCUCAUCAGUGGCGACAGUGUUGCGAAUCCCGCGGGUCUAGCUGCCUACGUGCGCUUCCUGGACCCCGAGGUGAGCCUCCUGCACGAAGAACUGCAACAGGUUGGCCACUCCAUCGAAGCUGGUGUCACCUUUGUUCGUAACUUUGAGUCACUCAAGGUGGGUCUCUUCAGUUUCAUUACUAUCCCGUAAAACCUUUUUACUCGCUUAAUCGUACUUGCCUUUUUAUAGGUGUUUGUACCUAAAGCUCCACUGCUAUGUGCUUACAGGUUGCAACUGUUUGAAAUACAUGAGUAGGUCGUCUGUUAAACACAACAUAGAUAACCCUUACCCGAAGAGCAUUGGUGACUGGCACAUAAACUAGAUUCUGGUGAAGAAGACUUGAACAUCGCUGACCUCAUUCCCCUCUCACAAUAACCAUAUUCCGGUGCAAAAGUAGAGUUAACAUUGCUGGCGGCGGCGUAUAGCACAGUGGCUGAUCUGGCGUAGACUCCACUUAUAUGCUCGCCAUAACAAGACUGGUCCCUAUGCAGUAACCGAAUCAAUAUCUGCACGCUAACCGACUCUCUGGAUAAACACCUCAACCGAUUUCACCCACCGAUUGAUACGGUUAUCCGUGUGUGGCCGGUGCACCCAGCACAGCUUCGCGAAGUCACAAAUCGAAGUUGAACACGGAGUGGAAUCAGAGUGGGAACGAUACCUCGUGCAGGUCAAACAUUCAGUUCGCCUGUCGGCCAGUCAGAGUAACUGCCAGUCUCCUGGCCAUCACAUGCACCACGAAGGUAAAUGCGUGCGGGCAUGGUAUUUGGUUUGUACUCCUGACAGUCGAUUAUUCGGACCGAACCUGGUAAGUUGAUUGCCUGUUGCUCAGAUCAGAAUAGUUUAAAGCAUGAUGGCCGGGCAGCGGGAGGGGGGGGGGACAGGAAGAAUUUGCAGUUUUAGCGAGAGCGAUGACCAUAUCGACUACCUUGUUUUGUUUACUAUGGCCACUUUCACAGACCAUUUUUGCAGGCUUCCGCCUGCCCCCUGUGGUUCAACUCACAAAUUCGAUGCAUUCGUUCUUUAUUAAGCUCGUAAAUCUAAUCGUUCUGCUAUACAGACUACACCAGAGAGUCUCCUUGCAUUCCUCAUGCUCAGGUAGUUUAUUUGUCGACACACCUCACUGUCCACUUUCCAUUCCUACCUUUUAGACGAAGACCAACGUUCCUGU